ACUCGCACCGACCCGCCACCGACCCACAAGCCGCCGCCGCUCGCGCCAACGACCGGCUCUGGGGCCGCGACUUUCGCACGAGCGGCGACGUCGUCGUCCUCCUCGGCCUCGUCUGCGCGGCACUGUACAUCGCCAUCUUUGUCUCGAUCAUGCAGCUCGAGGGCUGAAGCUUGACGGCGUGACGGACGUCACCUCCUCGUCGACGAGCGGCAGCCCAGGAGCGUCCGGCGUCGAAGGGCAUUUCGUCGCCCGGCUCCGCUCCCGGCCCGUCGUCGGCGUCGAGAAGGAGCCCGUCGCCGGACGGACCUGUUUGAGCCGUCCAUCGGUUUGUCGGAUUCUCCGGAACGUCCGCACCGCGUCGGCUCGCGGCGCCCGACCGCCUCUCGACCUUCUCGCCCUCGCCCUCUCUCUCUCCGCACGUCCUCGCCGCACCCGCACCUCAAGCCCUUGUGCGUCGUCAUCGCGCGAGCUCGCCUGUACACGACCGCCGCCGCCUGCACCUCUCGCUGUCGUCCGCCCUCGCUCCCGUCGAGACCAGCUCGCCGACGACCACUCGGCCCGAGCCAGAACCGGCACGAUGACGCCGCAGCACGUCCAGCUUGACUCGUCGCACGACCUUGCGCGAGAAGACGAGGCGCUCCUCGCCGCAGUCGACGUCUCUUCCCUCGACAAGCAGGAAGGCUACGACGUCUCGCUCCUCGCCCUCCAACCUCGCGACGUCCGCCCCUCGCCCUCGUCCUCCCCGCCCGCCGAGCCUCGCGCCUCCUUCCACUCUCACGGCUCGACCUCGCGCCCCGACACCCUGCGCGACCCCUCCCCCGCCUACCCGAGCGCCGCCCCCUCCUCCUCCUUCUCAUCGCGCCCCUCGACUCGCGACGACGAGUCCGCCC